CUUCACCCUUUGGCCAGCACCUUUGGGGGCGCUGAACCAUGGCGAAGCAUCCUGCCCGCCAUGCCGGCCUCUUGCUGCUGGCGUCGGUUCUUUGGCUCGCCGCUCCCUCCUUCGUGGUGCCCCGGCGCCUGGCCGCGACGGCCGCCGUGGCUCCGGCCCUCGGCCUCCUCCUCCCAGCGCCGGCGGCCAACGCAGAGCUGUCGCCGCCGCUGCAGCGGGCGGUGACGAGGUACGCCGCGCAGCUGCAGAGCGCCAUGGACUUUCUCUACUUCGACAUCAAGGAGUACCUGAGGAGCCAAAAUCCCAGAGUCUUCCAGUUAGCGAUCAAUGCGAUAGACACGUCUGGUGGCAGCAACACCGCAUUGGAGCGGGACCUCAAGGCACCGCUGCGGCAACUGGUGCUGGCGGGAGAGGAGGACGGGGAGGUGGACUUCAAGCCUCUCAGCACUCGCAUCGAGGCCAACGUGCAGAAGAUGGUGGAGGCGGCCAGUGCCCGCCAGGGCGACAGCGCCAUUGCAGCCGGGGACCAGCUCAUCGAAGAUCUCAGCCAGUUGUUUGCCACGGUCAACAAGGAGGCCGAGGCAAAGGUCUUUCUGCUGCCGAAGGACCCGGAGUAUGACAAGCGCCUUGACGCCUAUCGCAGCAAGAUGGCGGAAGGGAAGCAGAAGAACCUCAUGAGAAAGGAUGUCGAUGGAUAAUGCGCAGAUGCCCUGGUGGUGUUGCCCGGCUUUGCGCUGCUAGCUUUAGGUAUGGACCAGCAGUC